AUGGCUUCCACAACAAAUCAAUUGUACAAAAAACGUAGCAAUGUGUGGAAUCAUUUCACACUUACAAAUGGGAAUAUGGAAAAAUGCAAUUAUUGUAAUGAAAAAAAAAGUUUUUCUGGAGGAUCAACAGGCAAUCUUUUAAGGCACAUGAAGACAAAGCAUGUCACAGUUCCACUGCAAAGAUCAACACCACAGGUAGCAGAGGAAUCAAACUCUGAGUACCUUGACAAUCCACAACCAUCGACAUCCACUUCUCAAUCGACAUCUGCAAUAGUUCAUUCUUCUAUAACAUCUUCGUCUUCAAUAGUUCAAAACAAAAAUAAUUAUCAAUCAUCUAUAGCAAAUUUCAUUCAUCGACCACUGCCAUUAUGUAAAUCUAUAUCAAUUGACCAUCAAUUAAUAAAAAUGAUAGUAAAAGAAUAUCACCCCUUUAGCAUAGUCGAAGAUAAAGAGUUCAGAAAAUUAUUGAAUAUGCUGUCCCCUAAUUACAUAAUUCCUUCCAGAAAAACAGUUUCUAAUAGUUUAUUGCCCCAAAUGUAUGAGAUGGUUGUCCAAAGAGUAAAAGAUAAAUUAAAAAAUGUAUCUGCAGUAUGUCUUACCACUGAUGGAUGGACAUCAAGGAAUAAUGAAAGUUUUUUGGCAGUAACUGCUCAUUUCAUAGAUCCAGAUAAUGUCACUGAAUUAUCUUCAGUUUUGUUAGCAUGUACUAGUUUUGGAGAAAGUCAUACAGCUGAUAAUUUAGCUUCAUUUUUGAAAACUACCGUAGAUGAGUGGGGAUUGAGUCAGCGUAUAACUGUUGUAGUAUCAGACAAUGCUGCAAAUAUUAAAAGUGCAAUUGAAAAAUGCAAUUGGAGACGGUUGUCAUGUUUUGCGCAUGAUAUCAAUUUGAUUGUCCAUUGUGGAUUGGGUGAGAUUGAGCCUGUUAUAACAAAAAUUAAAGACAUUGUAUCUUACUUUAAAAGAAGUUCUCAUGCAUUAGCUAAAUUGCAGGAAUAUCAAAAACAAACCGGGAAUCCAAUCUUAAAGUUGAAACAAGAUUGCCCAACACGAUGGAACUUUUGA